AUAACUACGACGCAGAUUGACAAUGUCCGAGCAGGAUCUCGAAGAUGAGGCAAUUAAGGUCACUCAACAGGCCUUGGGCAAGUUCAUUAAGAAGCCACCUCUGACGGAGAAGUUGCUGAAGAAGCCACCGUUUCGCUACCUGAUGGACGUUUUCAAUUCGUUUAUUAAGCAAACGGGUUGCUAUGAGGGUCUCUAUACACCGGAGGAACAGCUCUUUGAGAACAUUAGCGAUCGCAAUGACAAGAUGCGCUUUCUGCAGAAGAUGAUUGACAUUACAAAGCUUACCACUAAGCUGGAUCUGAAGGUGCGCACCUCCAAGAUUGUGGCUGGGCACGAGGCAAGGCAGACCAAUGAGCUGCUUCAAGCCAUGGCCAGCGUGGCGGAGCAGCAACUUGAAUGGCGGGAAGCUCUGAAGCAGGUGCUUGAAGCUGAUGCCGAGGCAGAAAAGUCCAAACCACCUAAAGUAAAAGACACAAAAGUGAGCAGCAAGCAAAUCUCGCCAGCUGGCAAGGAGCGAGAGAAGCGUAUCUCCCCACAGGAGCAAAAACUGCGCAAAGCAACCGAGUUGGCGUCCCGCUCAACGCCUCCGGCGAAGGAGAAAGCACAGCGCAAAUCGAAGCCGUCGCCGGAUGCGGAUGCCAAACCAAAGCUGAGUAGACAAAGCUCCAAGAAGACGCCAUCGCCGGCGCUGAAGCCCACAUCAAAGGUUAAGCAACAAGCUUCAACGGAAAGCGAUAUUAAAUCAUUGUCACCAGCGCCUGCUGCUCAAGCUCCCAUCAAGCCGGUGUCACCAGCGUCCUCAACUAAAUCUCGAGGCGAGAAGAGUCCGCCGUCCAAUGCGCCACCUGUGGCUGCUGUAGAGCCGGCCAAGGAGGUUUCUCUACCCUCCACAACAGCUGCGGAAUCGUUGCCAUCUGUUGAGCAUGAGAGUCGCAAAUCCUCUGGCAAAAGUCGACGCUCCAGUGGAACACAACGACAACCAGUGCCUGACGCACAGCCAACAGAUUUGCCCAAGGCAACUAGCGAUGUCAGUGAAGCAUCUGCCAAUACAUCGCCAACUGUGCCGACUGCAGACAGCAAUAACAACAGCAAUAGUAAUGAAGUGAAGCGGGAGCGCGAAGGAACCUUCACACGUGAGAAUUCCAAGGAGUCCAAUGGCUCAGUGACGCGUCCUCGCACCUCAUUACGUCCACCCAGUGCACGUCCAGCCUCCGCACGUCCUGGUGCACCACGCCGACGAAACGUGGAGAUUGUGCUGCAGCCAAACGAUCAGGUGAAGAUGUCCGGCAUCAAUGUCAAGUUGGAGACAUUUGGUGAUUUCGAUGAUGAUGGCGAGAACUUGGUCAUCAUAGAAGAUGCCAAUGCCCAUGACAUCGAAGGCGGGCACCGCAGACCCUCAACCGAUGUGGACGCUCAUCAGGGACGCUUGGUGCAGCAGAUCUUGGAAACACAAAAGGAACUCGUGCAGCAAGGCGGCGAUCCCGCCAAGGAGGAGCAGCAGAAGCAAAAUCUGGGCGCCCGACAAAGUUCGGCGCGGCAGAUGAAUGAUCUGCGAGACAUUAUUCAAACACUGACGAAGUCGGUGAAUCCGCUAGGAAAACUCAUGGAUUUCAUACCCGAAGACAUCGAUGCCAUGCAGCUGGAGUUGACCAUGUGGCGGGAUACUUACACGCAGGCAGCAGCUGAGCUAAAGCGUGAGAGAAGUCUUACUGCAUCAGCCACAGAGCCGAUGAAGCAGCAGCUGUUGAGCACCGAGUCCAGCAUCGUGGAGUACAAGGAGCUGAUCGAUGAGAGUCGCCACAAAAUAAUGCUAAAUAACGAACGAAUUUUAAAGAUGCUCAUGGAACAAUGAGCUGCAAAUUCAAUAAUAUAUAUAUGUAUAUUUAUUUAUAUAAGUUUAUAAAAAAUAGUAAUUGAAUAAAUCGUUAU